AUGGUGGUGCUGCCUUUAAUGAUCUUCCUCGUUCUCCUUGAUCGCACCACUGUCUUUGCUGCUAUAAGCACGGCUCCUGUCAACACAGAAUGGACGCUUGAGUCAGGUAUUGAGCCGGACUUCAUGCUUCUCAACGUUGACACGAACCACGCGCUGGGAUUCACGCGAGCUUGCUCCACCUCUCCAAUCUAUUACUUGUCCAUCUCCAUCCCCCUCAUCCCGGAUGUAGAGUGCACAAUCUCGUCGGACACCGUCGUCAGCGUCUGGCAGGCCAACCGAGACUUCCCACUCUCCGCCAACGCCACUCUCGCGUUUGGAGAAGAUGGUAACUUAGUCCUGAGCCAAGGCCCCAUCCAGGUGUGGUCCUCCGGCACCUCGGGCCGAGGAGUUGUGGCUAUGGAGGUCCUCGACACCGGAAACCUCGUCCUCCUCGGCAGCGGGGGCGAGAUCAUCUGGCAGAGCUUCGACCACCCCACGGACUUGUUGCUUCCGAAACAAAAGUUCGUGCCGGGAAGCAAGCUCGUCUCCAGUGUCUCUUACACAAACAGGAGCCAAGGGAGCUUUUUUCUCGAGCUCCAGCCUCGGGGUCUCGUUGGCCGCGCUCGAGCUCCUGGCACAGAGCAAACUUACGCGGUCUGGGACCUGGGAAGCCACGACAUAGCGUACCUGAUGAUCGAGAGCUGCUAUCUUGUAGCAUAUAACAGGAUGGAGUCCGUGGUAGCAACCAAGAAAAUCACCGCGCCAUUUUGCCUCCAGUUUGGGAAGUUCCUCAAGCUCCACUAUGACGGUACUGUGCGAUUCUGGAACAGCUACAAGAAAAGCGAACCCGUUCCUAUCAAUGGCAUUGGAGAAUGUGGAAAGUAUGGCGUGCUUCGACAAAGUACCUGUGCUUGCCUCGACUUCGAUCCAUCGCUCCAGCUGGAGCCAAUCGAUCGGACGAAUCCGCUGGGAGGAUGCUCUCUCCCGGGGGAAAUGUCGUUGACGGAUGAUCGAUGCAACAGCAGCGGCAGCCACGAGCUCGUCGAAGCCCCCGGCUACGAUUAUCAGCCGCUGGAAUUCAUGCAAGGGAUUCCACAGCUCUCUCCCAAUGCUUGCAAGGAAUCCUGCCUCUUGAAUUGUAGCUGCAUUGCGGCGUUCUUCCAGGUUGGGAUCCAUGACAGCGCCUGCUACCACGUCACUACGCUCUACACCGUCGCGGUGACGCCCCUGCGCCAAGGAUAUGCGUCGUCGAUGUUCCUCAAGAUCAAAACGUCCGGCGGAGCCCUACCUCCCGGGCGCCGAUCCGCCAAGGCCCUGAGAAUCGUUGCCAACACAGCCAUUGGCGCCUUCUCGGUGAUCAUCGCCGUGUCGGUGCUGAUCGCGCUCAUAAUUGUCCGCUGGAGAAAGCGAAUGGCGAGAAUCUCCGCGGUGGGCGACUAG